GUCCCACUUAGAGCGAUAUUUAAAGCGCAGUACUUUCAAAAAAAUAAAAUUAUAAUAAAAUGUUGAAUACCGCAUUAUUUAUGCAGCAGAUCCGAGAGCAUCCCAUUGUGGCCACCAUCAGCAUUGCCGCCGGCACCAUCCUGGCAUCAGAGGUGAUCUGGAAGGCGGUUAAGUUCUUUCAUAGCCAACUUUCGGGAAAAAGGCCCCUCCGCGUGCACGAAGUGCUCUCCUUCAAUGAGCUUGGCGACAUCUGCGCAGCGCAGCAUCUUCGGAAGAGCAUGCCGGGUUCACCGGAAUUGACGAAAUCGCCGGAACCGAUUGUGUUGCAGUGCCGAAACAUGUACUGCUCCCUGAGGAAUGUUGGCAAGAUAGUGGAGCAGAUCGAUCGUGCGGUGUACUCCCUUGACGUAGCCAUCUACACCUUCUCUUCUCUAAUUCUGGCCGACGCCUUUAAGAGAGCUCUACAGCGUGGCGUGAGUGUCAGGAUCAUCAGCGACCGGGAGAUGGUCUUCUCCUCCGGAUCACAGAUCAAUGUCCUGGCCUGCCUUGGAGUGCCGGUGCGCAUGCCUAUCACCUCGAAAAUGAUGCACAACAAGUACUGUGUAAUAGAUGGAGUGGAGCGCGUGGAGGAGAUCCGGCGGCUCAAACAGCGCAAGUGGAUUCGUCCAUACUGCAGCGUCGUGGUCAGCGGUUCCGUCAACUGGACACGGCAGGGAUUCGGAGGCAACUGGGAGAACUGCAUCCUCAGUGAGGACAAGGAAUUGGCGCGAAUGUUUCAGGCAGAUUUCACGCGCAUGUGGAAGGCCUUCGAGAAGUCCGAGAAUAACUUAAAGCAGGAAUAGUUAAUCAAAAAUUCUUUAAACUUUGAUAGCGGCAGCUCAUUUCCAAAUGGGUGAAAUUUCACUCCACCAAAUUAACAUUCGUUCCUUUCAGAACCAUACAACUAAACAAUUAAUAAUACUUCAAUUUCCAGUUCCUACAUUCUGCAGAUGUCAAACAUUCGUACAAUAAUUAGGCUUUACAUUAAGAAAUGCAAAGAUUUCUACCAAAAAUAGCACGCAAUGAAAUAUGCAAUAAUUUUUCUUUCGAUGAAGUAUAAUGUAAAAAGUUACCUAGAUUUUAUGUUAAACGCCUUAUGAUCCUAUAUACGUAAAGGCAUUUGUUAUUGUUAAUUAAGUCAGUAACAGAAAGUUUUAAGCUACAAAUGUUCAGACUAUGAUUAUGAUGACAUGAAUCAAAACGACUCUAAACUA